AUUACAGUAGGGGCAUCCAAACUGGGAAUGUAGCUAAUUGAACGUCUGGAUCUCAGCCCGUAAUUAGUUUAGAUGUGAUCUGUUCCAAAACACUCCAGCAGACUUUCAACUGCCGUUUGGGCUUUGGAAGGUGUUAAUCUUUUCUCCCAUCUUAUCUCCAAUCAAAUUACUAGCGACCUCGCGGCUUUUACACAGCUGCCAGUUGGAUGUGGUUGUGCAUUUCUCUCUCUGUGUGUGUGCUCCCCUGUUCAUUCCUCCCCUCUCUCUCUCUCUAUACCCUUGCUUUUAAAAACCUUUAAUUUUGUUCGAGGCGUGCGCAUGCGUACACCAGCUCGCUUGCGCUGAGUCCGUGCCAGCGGCGCACGCGAAGGCCAGCCGGCUCAGCCGUAGCGUCUUGCGCCGAGGUUUAGGGAAGGGGGCAGGCCGUGCGCGCGCGUGUGCGCGCACUCGCGGAGGGAGGGGGGGGAGUGGGUUGAGCUGAGCGCGAGGCUCCUCCCGUUGCAACCGCUCGCUCUCAGUGAGACCUGAGCGCUGCACGAGCAACAGGGCACAGCUGCGCCAGCCGCAGUCGCCGUAUUCACAUCCAGUGCCGAGUGUAUGUGAACAUCAAAGAAAAGGCGUUUAGGCAGAAACUAGGAUUACAUUUCCGCAGGGAGCAGCGGCCUGAUUCAGCAGCCUUCUGAUUGGAGACAGACGGCCAGGCAGGGGGAGCGGGCAGAGCUUUGCAGCUGACAUGCUGAUCUGACAGGCGGCUGUGGGACGGAUGGCUGUGCUGCCCCGACCAUGAGGUAACUGCUGCCCUUCUUGUGCCACGAGGAGACAGAUGGUAUGGGAAUGAUGGACCUCCCCAAUGGGCAGUCACAUGUCGCCAGCUUCACUGCUACUGCAUCAGAGAGCAGCAGCUCCGAGUCUCUCAGUGACAAAGGCUCCUCUGAACUGAAGAAGAGCUUUGAUGCCGUGGUGUUUGACGUCCUGAAGGUCACCCCUGAGGAGUAUGCCGGUCAGAUAACACUGAUGGAUGCUCCUGUGUUUAAGGCCAUUCAGCCUGAGGAGCUGUCGAGCUGCGGCUGGAAUAAGAAGGAGAAGUAUAGCUCAGCCCCGAAUGCUGUGGCCUUCACCCGCAGGUUUAACCAGGUGAGUUUCUGGGUUGUUCGGGAGAUUCUUCAUGCACAGACCCUGAAGAUCCGAGCCGAAGUUUUAAGUCAUUAUAUCAAAACUGGGAAGAAACUCUGCGAGCUGAAUAAUCUCCACGCACUCAUGGCAGUUGUGUCGGGUUUGCAAAGCGCUCCCAUUUUCCGACUGACCAAGACCUGGGCGCUGUUGAGUCGGAAAGAUAAGACCACCUUCGAGAAGCUGGAAUACCUGAUGUCCAAGGAAGACAAUUAUAAGCGCCUGAGAGAAUACAUCAGCAGCCUAAGCAUGACACCCUGCAUCCCCUAUCUGGGAAUUUACUUGUCAGACCUCACCUACAUUGACUCAGCCUAUCCCUCCACCGGCAGCAUCCUGGAAAACGAGCAGAGGUCCAACCUUAUGAACAACAUCCUGAGGAUAAUCUCGGACCUGCAGCGCUCCUGCGAGUAUGAUAUACCAGUUUUGCCUCAUGUCCAGAAGUAUUUGAACUCUGUCCGUUAUAUCGAAGAGCUGCAAAAGUUUGUAGAGGAUGAUAACUACAAGCUGUCAUUAAAGAUAGAGCCGGCCAGUAGCACCCCUCGAUCCACAGCCUCCAGGGAAGAUCUUGUUGGCCCGGACGCAGCAGCUUCGCCUCAGAGUGGCCGGAGGAGCGCCGUGGCAGAGGGCGCCCUGGCCAAAGUGCCUCCCACGCCUCCCUCGCCGCGCAACCUCAUUCCCUACGGUCACAGGAAGUGCCACAGCCUGGGAUACAACUUCAUCCACAAAAUGAACACGGCGGAGUUUAAGAGCGCCACCUUCCCGAACGCGGGCUCGCGGCACCUGCUGGACGACAGCGUGAUGGAGAGCCACACGCCCUCGCGCGGCCAGGCGGAGAGCUCCACGCUGUCCAGCGGGAUCUCCCUGGGUAGCAGUGAAGGUUCUGAGCUGAGUGAAGAAAUGUCUUGGCCUGCUUUUGAAAGGACCCGCUUCUAUCACUCCAUGGGCCCUGUUACGAGGGUGGCCCGCAUUCCUUACCGAGGACACCUGAAACCCAGCAGCUCGGUGGACUCCGAGGAGCUGGCCGUGCACCUGUACCCUGGGGCCGUGACCGUGCAGGGCGUCCUGCGCAGGAAGACACUGCUGAAGGAAGGCAAGAAGCCAACGGUGGCAUCUUGGACAAAGUACUGGGUGGCUCUGUGUGGGACGCAGCUCUUCUACUACCCUGCGAAAUCUCUGAAGGCAACAGAGAGAAAGCAUUUCAAAUCCACCUCAACUAAAAGCACCUCAGUUGUGGGCUGGAUGGCUAUGAUGGCCGAUGACCCCGAGCACCCAGACGUCUUCAUACUGACUGACUCCGAGCAUGGAAACUCCUACAAGUAUCAGGCAGGGAACAAGAUGAAUGCCGUGCUGUGGUUUAAACACCUGAGUGCUGCCUGUCAGAGUAACAAACAACAGGUUCCGGCUAAUCUGAUGUCCUUUGAGUAGCACUGGCAUAGAGAAGACAAGGCGUAGAUUUCAUCUGCCGCACUGAGCAGAGCCAGGAGAGAGAUCACUAACCCAGCAGAACAGCGGAGCGCUGCCCCCAGGGCCACGCUGGGCAAACCCUUCAAACUGCCACAGACUCAGCCACAGCGGACACAGCGAGACCUGCCACCCCCUGCCUUAAGGAGAGAGAGAGGAGCCUGGGAGGUGUGAGAGGCCACUCCAGGAGCACAGCGCGUGUUGUGACUGACUGCGUUUACUACUGAAUUUGGGUGUUUGUCCUUUACUUUUAAAAACUUUUUUUUUGGUAUUUUUGAACAUCAAAACUCGAGGCCCUGUGUGCCCUGAAUGGGAUCUUUCUUCUUUUUGGUUUUUAUCCCCUAGCUCGAGUUUCGAGCCUUCUCUUUAACACUUUUUAACGUUUUUUCGGCCCUUUUUUUUCUGUCCCCCCCGUCAAGGCAAGGGUCCUGUUUGUUCCCGGAGUCGCGCGACACAGCGCUCGCGGCGGGUCUGAGCCGGAACAGCUCCACACUGCCGGGGCUGAGGAGCUCUUCGGCCCGAGAGGGGGAUGUUGAAAACAGGGUAGAUGUUCUUUUUUAAAAUUUCGUUUUAGAUUUUGCAGAAGGUUUACAGAAGCGGAGUCACGCCCGGAUUCCUUCCAGUAUCACGUCUCUGAACUUGUUUCUGCCAGCCUGUCCUGGUGGGGGAAUACUGCUUGCAUCCUUUCAGCGGCGACACCUUUUAUUCCAGCAGUUGUGCAUCAUUUACAACAGAAGGAGGGGGCUAAGGGAUUGGGACAGGGCUUUCUGUCCUGUUGUUAUCCAGGUUUUAUAGCGUCUUGGGGAAGCACGCAUUCUUCUCACUGAUGUAUAGAAUUAACUCUUACCUGAUUUCACUGAUGUCACCAAGGGUGCUACUAAUGGGGAAGCUGAAAGCUUGGUAUUUUUGCAUUGUCACAGCUGUACGAUUUAACCUAUAAAGACCUUGAUACCUGGGGAGUCUCCUUAACAGGGUACUGGAAGGGGGUUAAAAGAGGUCAAGACCGUGCUUACCAGUGAAGUUUAGAACAGGGACCUGUAGAAGAGAGACAGGAGAGUCUCUCUGCAGUUCUUCAGUUAGAACUCAUGGAGCAUUAACAGUAUCUCCCACCACAGACGCAGCCCUUUCUCACCUUCCUCCAGUAUGAACAGACGCCCUGCUGAGGUCAGAGUCGGGCUUGGGUUUAUGGACCAGACCUGGAACACGGGAUGGACCCAGAGCCUCCAUCUGACAGGCAGUGUCUACCUGCAGUCCCUCUGGUUUUUUUCUUUUAUGUAUGUAAUUCCCCCCCCAAACACACACACACACAAAAUGACAGUUAGUCCAAAGCUAAAGGAAAGGGAUUUUAAGCAAGCUGUUUGUUCAGAUAUGAGAAUGUAAAUAGAACCAUACACCGACACUCUCUGAUGUUUGUCACCGCAAAAUACAGAAGGCCCCUUUCCUAACAAAAAGUGAGAUCCUGAAAUUAAAUUUGAAAGGCCUGAAGGAAAGCUGUGGUGGAGAGCAACACCAUUUGUGGGGUACGCUUUCAGACAACAGCCCAGAGAGCCCCACCCUUCCGCAGGACGAGAUACAACAGCAUCAAGCAAUUUUGGAGCCAUUUCUUUCUGUUCCUUUUCUACCACCAUCUUUGGAGUCAGCAGUAUUACUGUGUAGAACUAACGUGCACGUCUGCGUUAUUUUUAAUUACCCGUUACAUUUUUAUUUCACAAGUGUCUCUUUUGUUUUACAAGUGUUUUGUACCUUUAUUUACCAAGUUGUCUUUCUUAUUUUAUAUGCGUCGUAUUUUACCUUUUCUGCAGGUAACCUUGUGAGUUAGAUGGUUUACUGUUCGGCGUGAGAACCACUGUACCCUGAUUGUGUUUACGAGGUCAACUGAUGCACAUUUGGCACUGGGUUAGGACAUCCCACCUCUGACACACAGAGUCGGGUAGCGGUGUUCUGGGAGGGCUGCUCUCUCCAGACUGCGCUGCCUGUACGAACUGUUCUCGGUUAACAUGCAGAUUCAUACAGCUACUGUAUACUCAAAACUGUUUACAUGACCUAAAGGAAGAAAAGGAAUGUCUGAAGUUUACAAGUCUUACUUCAUGAUUCACCAUUAUCGGACAGCAGCUCCUCCUCCCAAGCCUGUCCCCAGCACUCACCUUGCACCCUGAAAUCUUCAUCUCCAAGGAAGCUAGUCGAAAACAACAGGAGCAGAGGAUGCCUUAAUAAGGAGAUAAACUCCCACCCAUGUAUCUGAGACAGCGGAUAGCCUGAUAUCCAGACAGGUUCCUAGUUCCUCUCUUAAACUUCAGUCAAAUAUUUGUCACAAAAUCAACAUAAGCACAACAGGAGCACAAAUCCAGCAUUUAUUGCCUACUUCUAUUGCAGCUUUGAAAGUAUUAGUUAUUUGUACUUGAGUGUUAAGCAGAAGGAAAUUAAAUUUUGCUUUUGCUUCUUCAGAAUAGAGGCUUAUGUCCACCCUGCCGUUGUUUACCUUGUAUGUAAGAUUUCUGGAUAAUUUUAACAAGAUGGGUUCUAUUAAACGACAGUUAUUAUUUAUUAGUUUUAGUUAAUGAUAUAGGGGAGACUGCUGCCAAGAUUUCUGGGGAUUAAUUACUGUGGCCAGGGAACAGUUUUGCACUGAAGAUUUUUUGAUUGUACCACAGUAAUUUGUUUUUUCAACCACAACAGGAUCAUGACAAGCAGCUGAGAGAAGGCAUUGGUGCAGGAAGGUUUCAUAUGGGGGAGGCAGAGAUACAGUCUGAGCCACUGGAUAGAGAAGAGGCCAGGGAGAGGGAGGGGGGAGGUAAACAGUGUGGCGUAAUGGUUCGAGCAAAGGGAGGAAGGAGGAGGCCGUGUAGGGUUGUGAUUAGACAGGAGGAGCACGGAGAGGGAGACGGCAUGGGCUGAGACGCAGGGAGAGAGAUCCAGGGAAUGAGGGAGUGGGAGCUAAUGAAAGGGAUUUCACUGGCACAAAGAAAAGUCAAGUGCUUGACAGUUAGGGGGGACACCAGUGCUGACUCCAUCACAAAGACAGGCUGGGGAGGGCGGGCUCUGCGAGAUAGCGAACAGGGGGACCAGCGUCUGGGCUGCCCCGCGAUGUCCUGACCCAGCCUCUCACUGCAGUGUGUGUGCGUGUGUGUAAAUAGAUCUAUUUUUUUAACAUGGAAAUUUAACAAGCACAUGUUUUAGCUUGCUUCAACGUAUGAACUCUGCAAGGUCGCUAGGUGACUUGAAAACCGAGUUUCAAAGUUUAUUUAAAAGUUUUUGUUCGGGCAGUUUUUGUUUUUAAUCGCUAACGUCUUUUAUGCAUAUUUCACUGCAGCUGAAAAUGGCUCGAGUCUAAAGAUAAAGAUGGAUUGGGGGAGUCGGAAUUCUGGCUUUCUAUUGUGUGACAUAGAAUGGGAUGUAAUAUUUCUAAUCUUACUUCCCAUUCAUAGUUGGAAGUUUUCCAUGAUGCUAUCGGGAGUCACUCUUAAAAGUUAGUACAAUUGUGUUGGAAUUGGGAGAAAAACUAGUGCGGGUUUGCAAUUUAAAUCCGAAGAGGCAGAGAUUCCAGUGACAGCACCUGGGGGAGGAGAGAGAGAUGUGUGUGACUGUCUACCCAGACUAACCCAGUGCUCUGAUGAUUGUGAAUCCUUUAGUAUGGCACAGCUGAGUUCAGACAGAGGGUCAGAUUUCUCCACCGUACGGCAGUGAGCUACGGGAUGCUUUAUUAAAAAGACUUGCUCCCUUUCAAGAGCCAUGAUGGAAAAAUACAGUCCUGAUGGGUUGAUCCUCAGUGACAAAGUGUACACUUCUCACUCACUCACACAGCAACAAGCACACAAGACGCCACAGGGGGGCUCUUUUCCUUUGGCAGUAGUUCUUUUAGAACAGCAUUAAAGGCCCAUUACACAGACAAAAAAAAAAACAGGCCCAUGCAAUUACGUGGAAAAACCUACCUAAAGUAAAAACAUAAAUCAGCCAGGAAUGGAUUAAUCUUCUAAAGAUCCCAUUUCGCAUCUGUCAUUAAAGCCAGGCAGCCUCUGGUCUUGGCUGUUGUUAAUCGAGCACAUGUGGCUUUGUGUGCUGAAAUCUUGUCAAGGACAGCAUUCUCUAAUACAGGCUGCCUGUAGCCGAUUUAAGUGCAUAAAUCUUCAUAGUCUUCCUGAGUGUGUGCGUGUCUAUUAAACAAAACUAUUUAAUCUAGUUAAACAGUAAGUCUGUAAUGUAAUGCAUUAAGUACAGGAUAUACCACAAUUGGACAAUUGAAAUAAUCACAGUGGAUACUACAAUAAAGGCACCUAGUCAGGUUUAUCAGGAUUUUUAAAUUGAAAUCAGUCUGUAAUGGAAUCAAGUCUUUUUAAUUUAGGUUUGUAAUUCCCAGCUGUUGUAUGUUAGUACAGAAAUUGUAUUUUUCGGUUUUAGGUGGAAAUUCCUUGCUGUGCCAAGCCCUAUGUCUUUACUCACUGUUGUUGCUGGAUUGCUUUGGAUUGCAUUCUUCCUCUUAACCCAGUCCUGCAGGCUGACCUUAGACAUCUGAUGGUCCCAGAUCAUCAGUGCCUGCUGACCCAGUAUGCCAGCAGGACGGUUUUUAGUUGAAGUUCAUUUUAUGUGCUUGCUGCAUUUACAACCAGCCCUUCUGUCUGUGAUUGGAAAAGAAACAUAUACCUUUCCUUCUCUGAUGCUGAGCACAGAUUAAUCUUGUGUGGUUUAUUCUGUGCCACUGUUUUUUGACAAUAUUACCAGGACAGUAAAAUCCAAACACAUCUGGUCAACACAAGCCAGGUUGUCUGGGUAGGCGAACCUGCACCCUAGAGUCUGUCACUGGAUGUUCCACCUUCCUUCCCCCAGGCUUGGAAUCUAGCCAUGGUCAGUGUGCUGGUCUGCCAGCAUGCCAGUCUGUCAGUGCGCCAGUGUGUCUGUGUGGAGGCCGCUGUCCCUGGUGCUGAAUCAAGGCCACAAAGCCCAGUCAGGCACUAUGACCUCUGAACUGAGAGAUGUGCUUCCGGGCUUUCCAAAAAAUGUUCUACUACUUUUCUUUCUUGCUCUGGUUUGCAUUUCUAUUUGUUUUUAAUUUUUUAAAGACAAGAUUAAACACAAGUCGAUGUGUGUGUCAAAGAAUGUGUGUACAGGUGCGCGUGAGAGUGCGUCUGUGAGAUUUUAUUUGUGUGUUUUGCACAUAAGCUAGUGUUGGAACACUUUAGGUACUGACUUAACUAUAAUCUUUCCUACUAAAAUAAAACUACUUGAAUUGUUAA